CCGCCCCGCCCAUAGCAGUGAUUACUGUGUCAGGUGGAGAAACACGGUCCGGCUUUAGCCCCCAAACCCCCCACAUCUGAACAAACUGUCGGGGACAGAGGAGGAAAGCUUGUCUCGAGUCCGGGAGGAGCCUGGUCCGGUUUAGAGCGGAUUUGAGACGGUUUCGAGCCGGUUCGUAACGGGCGUGGACCGCUGGGAAAGCGAGAAGAAAGGAAAGUUUGCUUCAGCUUCGGUUCACGUCUCUGCAGCGCGGUCGUCGGUCAUGUUCAGGUAGAGACCGGCUUCGCGGCGCCCACCAUGCGGAAGCAUCUGGACAGGAUCCGGUUCCGGGGCCAGAGACGGGACGAGUUCCUGGAUCUGUCCGAGUCGCCCAACACGUCCGACACCGAGUGCACCGAGGAGGUCGUGAUUAAACCUCGCGCCUCCGUCAGAGAGUCCGAGGAGCUGAGGGAGGCGGAGGGAGAGCAGCAGAGUGAGGCGCAGGCUGGUCCGGGAUCAUUUUCUGCAGCUCUCCAAGACGACGCAAAGACAGAUCUCAACGAGGUCAAAGGUCACCUAGAGAUCGCCUUGUUAGAGAAGCACUUCUUACAGGAGGAGCUCAGGAAACUGAAAGAGGAGUCCAAUGUGGACUCACUGCGACAGGAGCUGGAGAGGGAGCGCAGCAGGUGCAGCGAGCUGGAGCAGAAGAUCAACGAAGUCCUCAGAUCCAGCUUUGAAGACUCACCUUCUCAGACACCUAAAGCCCCGCCUCCUGUGGUGAGCACGACAGACAAACAGAGAGACACUCUGACCGACAGCUUCCUGAAAUGGCUCUACGAUCGCUUCGGCGUUUAUAUCGAGGACUUCCGCUUCCAGCCGGAGGAGCAGACGGUGGAGACGGAGGAGCCGCUGAGCGCCAAGAGGUUGACAGAAAACAUGAGACGUCUCAAACGAGGAUUCAAACCCGUGACCAACUUCAUGAGGAACCUCUCUGCCCUGUCCAGCUGGUACUCCGUCUACACGUCGGCCAUCGCCUUCAUUGUCUACAUGUAUGCGGCGUGGCAAGGCUGGGCCAUCCCGAUGUUCCUGUUCCUCGCCAUCCUCCGCCUCUCCUUGAAUUACCUAAUCGCCAAAGGCUGGAGAAUCCAGUGGAGCAUCGUACCUGAAGUCUCAGAGCCCCUGGAGCCUCCUAAAGAAGACCUGACGGUGUCGGAGAAGUUCCAGCUGGUUCUGGACGUCGCUCAGAAAGCUCAGAAUCUGUUCGGAAAGAUGGCGAACAUCCUGGAGAAAAUAAAGAAUCUGUUCAUGUGGGUUCAGCCAGAGUUGACUCAGAAGCUGUUCGUUGGUCUGCUGGUGGCCUUCGUCUCGUCCUGCCUGCUGCCGUACAAACUGCUGGGAUUCUUCAUCGGUGUGUACGCAGGUAUAAAGUUCUUCAUCAUCGACUUCAUCUUUAAGAGCUGCCCAAAGCUGAGGCAGCGCUACGACACUCCGUACAUCAUCUGGACCAACUUACCCACCGACCUGCAGCUGAAGGAGCGCGGCAGCACCGCGCUGAGCAGACGGGUUCCCGCGACGGCGGGUCGAGGCAGCUUCGGCGCCGCGGCUCCUCUGGGCGUCAGCAGGGACGAGGACGGAGGACGAUACUACAGCACCAAGCGAGGAGCUUUUCACGAGGUCUUCAACCUGCCGGAGAGUGAGCGCCCUCUGCCAGUGUGUGAGAACGGCUGGCGCUGCUGCCUCAUCAACAGAGACCGCAGGACGCCAACAGACUACAUCCGCAACGGAGUCCUCUACGUCACCGAGAAUCAUCUGUGCUUCGAGAGCUCCAGCUCCAGGUCCGGAUCCUCCAAGAGGAACAAAGUCAUCAAACUCACCGACAUCACCGACAUCCAGAAGUACAAAGUUUUGUCUGUGCUGCCUGGAUCUGGGAUGGGCAUCUCCAUAGCGACGCCAUCCACCCAAAAGCCGAUGGUGUUCGGUGCGAUGAUCCACAGAGACGAAGCCUUCGACGCCAUCAACACUCAGUACAUGAAGAUCAACGCCAUGGCUGCAGCCAUCGACCCAGAGACGUAGUGACACCGUCACACCCACACGGGACUGUGUCUUCAAACAGCUGCUGACGUCUUCAAACAGCUGCUGACGUCACUCAGACUCAGAGAUUUGGUGGCAUUAAAUCUCUUUUUUUUUAUUCAGAUCACUGAUUUCAUCUCAGAAUCAGAAAAGCGGUCUCUGUUCUGAAGCAGUUUGACCGGAAGUUCCCACAAAACCGAGACCUUAGUGUCCCUCCUGAGUGUUAAUUUACAGUAAAGUAAAGUAAAGUUAAUGACUGGUACUUAAAAAUGGCUUCUGGUGGAGUCCUGCAUUAACAGAAUACACAGUGAGGAGGCUGGGCUCACCUGUUCUGUCAGGAUCAGGUCCAGCAGGUCCAGCAGGUCCAGCAGCAGUCCUGUCGCUCUGCUGGAAACACUGAUGCUUCUCAUUAAAAGCACAGUCCUUCUCUUCCUCUGAAGCUUUUAAUGUGAAACAUCUGCAGGGAAACUGCAGUUGUUUGACCCCUUUCAGCUUCUUCCAUCCAGGUUUGUUAUGCUGAUUAUAUCUGACAGCAGACAGUUUAAGGCACUAAAUUAAUCAAUGGCAACUUUGAUAAUCAAUUAAAUCAUUUAAGUCACUUACUUACUGUGUGGCUGAAGCUUCUCCAGUGGUUUCUCUGUUUUAUACGUGUGUCUGCAGCUGAUCAGGUGGAUAAAUUAAGAUACAAAAACAGAUGAACGAACACAGAAGACACUUGAAUCAAACUAAUUUCUGGUUGUUGUAUCUAAAUGACAUUUGUCCCCCUUGGAGUCAACACUCACAGCAAAACAACUUAAAAGUCAAGUUUCAACUAACGAUUAUUUUCAUUAUUAAUCCAGUAAUGAUGAUCAUCUAAAGGUUUUUUUUUAU